AUGGCGGCCAUUAAUUCCACCGGUUACGCCUUGUCCGCUUCGAUUGCCCACUGCGUCUAUAUUAAUCUUCACCCAUCUCCAGUGGUCAUGGUUUCCGGUAACCCUAGCGCUCUGCCGUUCUGUGCUUUCCAAGAUUUGCUCUUCGGUCCGGUUGCGGAUAGCAUCACGAAGAAGACGAAGAUGGCGAUGAAUGCGGAGGAAGAUUUCUGUACCAUGAGGAAGGUGACGAUGCCGAGGAAGAUCGUCAGCGGUUUAGAAGGAGGAGACGGAGAUGUAGACGAAUCGAGCAAAUCCGACGUUCCUCAAUCGCAUCCGCUUGAGCAUUCGUUGACUUUCUGGUUCGAUAAUCCUUCUGUUAAAUCGAGACAGACCACUUGGGAAAGCUCCUUGCGAUCCGUCUUCACCUACUCCACCGUCGAAGAAUUCUAG